UUUCCGCCAUCACUGCAACCGUGAGUAUCUGGGCGCCUCCUCCUCUACCAGUUCCAUAGGUUUGCUGCCUUUCAUCAAUCUGCCAUCAGGGCUCUGUAUUGCCACUUCGAUUUCUUCAGCUUCAAAGUAUCGAGGAAGAAAUGCCAAUUCUUCCAAUUUCCCUCGCAAUUCCAAACCCUCUUCGUCCGCCCUUAUUCUCUUUCUCUCAGUCUCUAACUGGUUCAAACCACCUCUUCUACUUUCCAAAUCGGAUGCCGAUCGUUUCAAAGUCGACAACGCUUAUUCGAAUGGGUGGAGGUCCUAGAACUUAUCCAGGCGGAGUAUCGAAGUGGCAGUGGAAGCGGAUGCAGGCCAAGAAAGCUAAGCAGCUGCUUAAGGCCCGGCUAUGCCGCGAACGCCAGAUAUAUGAAAUGCGUAAGCGGGCUGAGCUUAAGGCGGCUGUCGCCGAGCUGGAGAGACCGUGGGAGGUUGUGGAGAGGGCUCCCAAUUUGUUCUCCGUUGGCGCCGAUGAGCAGGUGAAGGUCUUGGCGGAUAGGUUUCAAAGGCCUGGUGGAUUCGAUUUGUGGACGGAAAAAGAUGGGCCUCAAUUGUUUCAGACGGUUGACGAACUACCUUCCGCUAGGUUUUUCCCGAAAGGGGUGGUUCAUAGUGUAAGGCCGUAUAGAAGUAUUACUGGGUCGGAGAGUUCGUUGAGUUUGGAUGCAGAAGCUGGAAAUGAAAUUGCAACUAGUUUUCAAGAAGAUGAUUUUAAGACUCACCGUAGGUCUUCUAACCGGAAAUUGAGAAGUGCGCCAGUGAAUAAAGGGGAAGUUAACUCAGAUUACCCAGAUUACUCGAAUACAGAGGAUUCUUAUCCGAAGCGUUCCUUGGUACCAUCAAGUAGUAAUGGUAAAAAUGGAAAUGUAUACGAGGGCGGAACCAGGAAUCGGGGGACUGAAAGAAACCUGAAGUCUUCUAAGAGAGAAUUGAAUCCAGGACAAAUUGGAUUGGAUAGAAGACAAAGAGUUCCUGGUUCUCAGGCGCACAAUAGCAAUACACAAUAUGGAAGACGCAAGGAUUCCAGGCGAUCCAAGAGUUCACAUUCUGAAGUUUAUGAUAUGAGUUUGGAGCAUGAUGGGAGUUACAGAUUCCAACCAAUGAAAAGUCGGUCAACCUGAAUGAUAUGGCCCAAGUUAAAUCUUGAGAGAAAUCCUUUUAGUAUAACAAUCAUAUUGGCUGAAGAAGAAAAAUUCACUUUGACUGUGUCGUAGAAUUGCUGGAGCUGAACUGGAAAGGCCACCCAGAUGACAGGUUUGGCUGAUAAUUGUCUCAUAGGCUGGUUAGCUGAGGUGGAUGCCUCUCGAAGUAUAAACUACAGAUGAGAAAUUCACCAUGUAAAAUUGUCACAACAGUUCAGAUGAUUCCCUAUUAGACCUAUUAUACCUGAUGAUGGAAUGGAACCAACUUACUGAUAAGGAAAAACCAAAGGUACUUAAAUGUGCUUAGCCAGAUAAAUUUGGAGAUAGCAUUAUCAACAGGGAUGAGAAUUAUUUUUGCUGAUUGUUGGCACUGUAAAAUCAAACCGACAGGGAUGGAAUUGCGACUGGACACAAUAGCUGUAAUUUCAAAAAUUCAGCAUCAGCCUCUAGAAGGUUCAGAACCAAAAUAGAGAUUCCUUAUCUUUCAUUCGUGCUUAAAGGACCAGCACUCAAAGACCAAUCCACAUUCCACAGAGACCCAAUCAAAUUAAUUCAUUUUUAUGGCAUGGACUGACCAAUCUUGUUUCGAUUACUUGGGAUCACCACCUCUUUCUCCUGUUUGGCUAAGGCCAGAUUUGUUACUCUGAGUCUGAAAUGGACAAGAAGAGCAUGGAGGUGGAUUAGAUAUUGUGGUGUUGUCAUUGCUUGUUAAACUAUUAGGUUAAAAAACACUAUUAGUCCUGUACUUUAAUGAAAAGCAAUAAUUCAGUAUCUAAAUUUUAGUAUGUAA